UUUAAAAACAAAUAUAGAAAAGUAAAAGAAAGAAAGAUAAAAGCUAUUACUUCAACAGUUUAAAUCGGAUUAGGGUUUCGGUUUUGGAGUUACGAUGGCGAAUUUCAAUAUCGUCGUCGAUGAAGAUCAGCAAUGGCUGCUCAAUUGCUUGUCUGCUACUCUCGACCCUAAUCACGAGGUUCGCUCAUUCGCCGAAGCUUCGCUUAAUCAGGCUUCUCUGCAACCAGGUUUUGGAAGUGCGUUAUCCAAGGUUGCUGCUAACAGGGAGCUCCCAUUAGGGUUGCGCCAGCUAGCUGCUGUCCUUCUUAAGCAGUUUAUUAAGAAACACUGGCAUGAGGCUGAGGAAGCAUUUGAACAUCCUGCUGUUUCAAAUGACGAGAAGGCAGUUGUACGCAGACUUCUGUUGUUGUCUUUGGAUGAUUCUCACAGGAAAAUCUGUACAGCAAUUAGUAUGGCUGUUGCAUCUAUAGCAGUUUAUGACUGGCCAGAGGUUUGGCCUGACUUAUUACCGUACCUAAUGAAGUUGAUAAAUGAUCAAACUAAUAUGAAUGGAGUACAUGGUGCUCUAAGGUGCUUGGCUCUUCUGUCUGUUGACUUGGAUGAUACAGUGGUUCCAACAUUAGUACCAGCCUUGUUCCCAUGCUUGCUUAAAAUUGUAUCAUCUCCUGAGAUGUAUGACAAAUAUUUAUGCUCAAAAGCUCUUUCAAUUGUUUAUUCUUGUAUCUCCAUGUUGGGGGUGAUGAGUGGUGUAUAUAAGACGGAAACCAGUGCAUUAAUAGUGCCAAUGGUUAAGCCAUGGAUGGAUCAAUUCUCUAAAAUCCUCAAUCAUCCUCUGCAAUCUGAAGAUCCCGAUGAUUGGAGCAUAAGAACGGAGGUAUUGAAGUGUUUGAAUCAGUUUGUUCAGAACUUUCCUAGCCUCAUUGAAAGUGAAUUUAUGAUUAUUGUAGGACCAUUGUGGCAAACCUUUAUGACUUCUCUUGGAGUAUAUGUGCGAUCAUCUAUUGAAGGUACAGAAGAUCCAUUUGAUGGAAGAUAUGAUUCUGAUGGGGCCGAGAAAAGCCUUGAUUCCUUUGUCGUCCAGUUGUUUGAGUUUCUGUUGACCAUUGUGGGUAGCGCUAAAUUGGGAAAGGUCAUUAUGAAUAAUGUGGAAGAGUUGACAUAUUACACCAUCGCUUUUCUCCAAAUAACAGAACAACAGGUUCAUACUUGGUCAGUGGAUGCCAACCAAUUUGUAGCUGAUGAAGAUGAUGUUACUUAUAGCUGUCGUGUUUCUGGUGCACUUUUGCUUGAAGAAGUGGUGAAUUCAUGUGGUACAGAAGGAAUCAGCGCCAUCAUUGAGGCCGCAAAAAAGCGUUUUAGUGAGUCUCAAAGAGAAAAGGAUGCUGGUUCUCCAAUUUGGUGGAGAAUAAGGGAGGCUACUCUUUUUGCUUUGGCUUCUCUAUCAGAACAAUUGCUUGAAGCAGAGGAUUCAGAACUGACAAGAGUUGGCUCAGGAAACCUACUGGAGCAAAUAAUCACGGAAGACAUUGGAUUAGAUGUACAUCAAUAUCCCUUUCUAUAUUCUCGUAUCUUUUCAUCAGUUGCUAAAUUCUCCUCUGUGAUCAGCCAUGGAGUUCUUGAGCACUUUCUCUAUGCUGCUAUCAAAGCAAUUAGCAUGGAUGUGCCCCCACCUGUCAAAGUAGGUGCCUGCAGGGCUCUUUCUGAGCUCCUACCUGAAACAAAUAAAGUUAUAAUUCACCCACAUCUGAUGAGUUUGUUUCAAUCACUGUCAGAUCUUCUUAAUCAGGCAUCUGAUGAAACCUUGCACUUGGUACUUGAAACACUGCAAGAGGCAAUUAAGGCCGGUUACGAAUUAUCGGCAUCAAUAGAGCCUAUCAUCUCUCCUGUUGUCCUGAACAUGUGGGCAUCACACAUUUCCGAUCCUUUUAUCUGUAUUGAUGCAAUUGAAGUUAUGGAGACACUGAAGAAUGCUCCUGGUUGUAUUCGUCCUCUGGUUUCUCGAGUUUUACCAUAUGUUUGGCCAGUCCUGAAUAAACCCCAACAGCAGCCUGAUGGAUUAGUAGCUGGAUCAGUGGAUCUGGUAACAAUGUUAUUGAAAAAUGCUCCUAUUGAUGUGGUGAGAACAUUAUAUGAUGCCUGUUUUGAUACUGUUAUACGAAUAGUCCUUCAAAGUGACGAUCAUAGUGAAAUGCAGAAUGCAACGGAAUGUUUAGCUGCUUUUGUAUCUGGUGGAAGACAAGAUGUGCUUGCUUGGAGUGGUGAUUUGGAAAAUACAAUGAGAAGAUUGCUUGAUGCGGCAUCAAGGCUUCUAGACCCUGAUUUGGAUAGCUCUGGUUCUCUUUUUGUUGGGAGCUACAUUCUGCAACUUAUUUUGCAUCUGCCAUCACAGAUGGCACCCCAUAUUCGAGACCUGGUUGCUGCUCUUAUUAGGCGCAUGCAAUCUGCUCAAAUAGCAGGAUUGAGAAGCUCACUGCUACUCAUUUUUGCUCGAUUGGUCCACUUGAGUGCCCCUAAAGUUGAACAGUUUAUUGACCUCCUGGUCACCAUCCCAGCUGAAGGCUAUGAUAAUUCUUUCGUCUAUUUAAUGUCAGAAUGGACUCAGCAGCAAGGUGAGAUCCAGGGGGCUUACCAAAUUAAAGUCACUACUACUGCUUUGGCCUUAUUACUAUCAUCUAGGCAUGCUGAAUUAGCAAAAAUUAACGUGCAAGGAUAUUUAUUUCAGUCUGCUGCUGGAAUAACCACUCGCUCAAAAGCUAAAUUAACUCCAGAUCAGUGGACUGUGGUGCCACUUCCUGCAAAGAUAAUGGCUUUACUGGCAGAUGCAUUGGUUGAAAUCCAAGAACAGGUUGUAGCUGGUGAUAAUGAGGUAAUUAAUCAUUUGCCAAAGAUUACUUGGGUAGCAAUAAACAUAGCUUUGAACCAAGAUAAGGACUUGAUGUAUUCAGCUGGUGUUACAUCCUCCGGCAGACCCUCACACCAACAUCUUGAAGCAAUAGCAAAAGCAUUUAAUAAGGAUGAGGAGGAGGAUAGGUAUGAAGAUGAUCAACUAACUGUGGCUGAUCCCCUUAACCAGAUUAAUCUGGCGAACUAUCUUGCGGAGUUUUUCGUAAACUUUUCUCAGAGUGAAAGACAAAUGUUUGAUCAUAUUUUCCAGAGCCUGACGCAGGAUCAAAGGAAUGCUAUUCAAAUGGUACGAGCUCUGUGAAGAUUUUUGUGGAUGUGUUAAGGUUGGAUUGUUUGCUCCUAAGCCAGCCAUCGUCCAAUUGUUUUCAUGAAGGAAAAGAUUAUUAACCCCCAAGAAAGGGAAGGAAAAAA